CUAAAAGCUUUUAUUUAAUGGCUGCCUACAAAACAACUUAACAUUGGUGCAUCAUAUACUAAACAAGGAGGAUAACGUGCAUAUUGUUUGUGGUUCCACGAACUACAGCAUCGAAAAUCAGUCAUGACGUCGGCAUUGUAUUUGGAGCACUACUUGGAUGGCUUAGAGCACCUUCCGAAUGAGCUGAAGCGCAACUUUACCCUGAUGCGUGAUCUCGAUUCGAGGGCGCAAGUGCUCAUGAAAUCUAUCGAUGAGAAGGCAAACGAAUUUAUGAAAGCCCUGAUGAGCUCGAAGGAGAAUUUUUCGGACGACGUCAAAAAGGAAAAACUGCAGGCAAUCCAGGAUCUGUUUAAUAAAGCGAAAGAGUACGGUGACGAUAAAGUACAGCUGGCGAUACAGACAUAUGAACUGGUGGACAAACACAUUCGUCGUCUUGACUCGGACCUCGCACGGUUCGAGGGGGAAAUUCAAGACAAAACACUUAAUGCGAGAGAAAAAUCGGAAGAGAAUGUAACAAAGAAGGGACGCAAAAAGGUAAAGGACGCCAAGAAUGCUGCGAAAAAGAAACGGACGCAUUCAUCAGAGGACGAAGCCCGGCCGGCUGGCAACGGAGGUGCCACGGCGGCUGGAGUGAACAGUGGCACAACCAACACGAACGGAAAAGGCAAAAACACAAAGAAGCAGAAGGUAAAUCAAGAAAAAGAAAGUCGCAAAGGGCAGAAUAAGAAGAGCACCGAAAACGACGAUAACGCUCAAGACGGUGGGCAUGCAACACCACAUCCGAGCGAUGUUCUCGAUAUGCCCGUAGAUCCCAACGAACCAACGUAUUGCCUGUGUCACCAAGUGUCGUACGGAGAGAUGAUAGGUUGCGAUAAUCCCGAUUGUCCGAUCGAGUGGUUCCACUUUGCGUGCGUAGGAUUGACGAUAAAACCGAAAGGAAAAUGGUUUUGUCCCAAAUGUUCUCAAGAUCGCAAAAAGAAAUAAGGAAGUCGUCUACGCGCCCCCAACAAGACACUCAUUGGAUUAUUGGGAGGGAACGCUUCUGAGCUACAUUCUUCUGUUGUGUAAUAGAUUUAGUACUUUCUAUUGAAACUGGACGAUUAUUUCAUAUAAUUCAAAACGGAUCUGUAGUUGACAGAGAAACCGCACGAACGCACGAAGUAAGUUUUCUACAAGAAA